CAGGCCAGCUACGAAGCAGGGGGAGCUCUAGCCGGAAGUCACUUUGCUUCCGGUGCCUACUCAAACUCUCUGACGUCACAGUCAGCCAUGGCCGACAUCAACAUCCUGGCCGCCUCCUUCUCGUUACCCAUGCACGACUUCCAGCAGGACGUGCCGCCCUACGGGGGAGACGACCUCUCCCCGGACCACUUCUCCCCGGGCUACGACAACAGCCAGUCCAGCGGGAUGAGCUUCGACCACGGCCACCAGCAGCAGCAGCAGCACGUGGCGCCCCAGGGGUACAUCGACACGUACAGCUUCGACAACAGCUACAGCAGUCACCAGAGGGAGCCCUCGAAACACAGCCCCUACGGCGCCCCCAGCGUGCCGACGACAACAAACAGCCUCACCAUCAUCAACAACAACAACAACAACUCCACCACCGCCAACAACAAUAACAACAGCAACAGCACUUCGAACAACAACAGCUCCAGCGCCAACAGCCACUCAACGACGGUCCCCAACAUGUUCGUCGACUCGGGCCCCAUCGAUAAGUACUCGGUCACGCCGUCACACUCCAUGGUGGAGGACGUCUACGGCCCUGGUUUCACCAGCCACGAGGCGGAUUUUUACUCUCAUCAACAACGUUACAUGGACCCCUCAGCCAAGGCUCAGUUCGCCAUGGACGUCUCCAAGGCCUACCAAAAACACGCUUACUCUGAAGGCAGCCCACAGGAUUUAGUCUUUCCCCAGUCGUCGCUGGCCUACUCGGACCUCGAGCAGAAGCCCACCCACCUGUACUGCCACGGGGCGUACGACGCCCCGACCCCCGGGCCUUACUGCGCGGAGGGCCCCAGCUUAUACCAGCCCUACCACCCGGCCUUCUACGGCGGCCAGAGCGGGCACUGUCCACCGGGUAUGCCCUUUCCGUCACCCGGGGUGCCCCACGGCAAUGCCUAUCGGAGUGACCUUUCCAUGUCCAUGUCUGCUCACCCCUCCUCUCACAUGCACCACUCACACCGACGGACGUCACUCACCAUCCCCACUCCUCCCAAUGCUGACAGGUAA